AAAUUUGAUUUAUGUGCACCAUUAAAGAAACAUCGCUUGGCCUUGAUGAUUUGUAAUUUCAAACGAAACAAAUAAGUUGUGUUUAACUUAAUUUUAAGGUUUAAAAUCAGUGCUACCCAAAUAAGUUUUAAAUAAACUCACCCACACACAAAAACACUUUUGAUUGGCUAAAAGUAUAUGGUUAAUGGUCUGGCAUGUAUAUUUGGCUUUAAUGUGGUGUACUCAAUGGGUUACUAGUCUGCACCCUGGGAAGAGUAUCCUGUUUGACCUCCAUCUCUCUUCCAGGAAGGCGUUUUAUUUUACUCAACCCGGUCAGCUUGUUUACAAGUUGUAAACAGGUUUUUUUUCAGUAUUUCGCAUUAUGGAUACUAUUUAAAAUAAUGUUAAUAUAACUACUCUCCAUUUGUUAAGACAUAAACACUCGGACCGGUCAAAAAUGUCCUGAACACCUUGAUCGAACAGUUUUUUAUUGGAAACGAUCCCCCUUGUCAAGAGUCAUCUGAUCAAAGAGCGCACUAAAUAUGCGGCCUGUCAUUAUUGGGAGUAUUGUUACGUUCCCCUGCAGUUGUUGUAAACUGUGAAAAUGUCAAACUUCUAGACUCUCUGUCGCCAUCCUGGCUUGCGUCAUUAACUGGACAAGUCACGGUACUCACACGAUCGAAAUGUAUCCAUCCGCACUGAGGAGAAAUAGAUCUAUCGAUAAGUCUUUGGCGCUCGGCCAAUCUUGCACCUGAUGUGUUUUGAAGUUGAAAAUGUCUGCUUACAUCCACUCUCACGUUUAACUAAUGUAUACAACUGUUUUAAAUUCAUAAACCAAGUAGGUUAUGUCUGGAGAAACAGAGCAAGAAAACUGUUUGAUAACUCCUGGGCUUUGUCCCACUUCCAAACUACCUUUUGUUAUUACAACCAGUCUUGUAAUAAUCUGUUAUUUUUUCGUCAUGACUAGCCUACUAUAAAUGACCAAACUAUAAUUAGUGACCAGACGCAAUAACUUUCACUUUAACAACUUUCACAACAACUCAUCUGUAUGCGACUGUCAUCUAAUCCUGAAACAAAAGUGAAAAACACCGCUUCCCCACAACGACCUGUUUUCUCUCAGUCCGGGUUUUUGAAUGGGACGGUGAUGACCCCUGUGUGUCUGUCUGAUGUCCUGGGAGAGUUCCAGCAGGGCUGCGGAUGAAUUCCGCACUGAGGCGCAGAGGCUCCAGUCUGGCUGACGCCGCGGCUCUCUGCUGCCGGAGCGUCGCGGGCUCCAUCCAAACACGCGCUGUACACCUCCAAUCAGGACGAGCGGCUGAAGCGCGCGAGCCCUCGCGGAUUUAUCCUCCUACUACUACGCGUGUUGUUAUUUGACUCGUCGGGCGAAGAUAAGAACAUCUUUCAUCUGCUGACUCUUUGGCUGAAACAUCACGGUCGGGAGGUCUUACUUCCUAAUCCCGGCGCUAUCUUGGCUGUAAAGAAAUAAACUGGGACUCUUGUUUUCCAGAGCGGAUGUGAUUUAAAACAUCUCUCUUGUGUGCCCCAAGCUUUGUGACAAAUCCAGUGUCGCCCCAUCCCACGAUGCACUCCAUUACAUCCAUCACCUCCCUGUUCUCCUUCACCAGUCCAGCUGUGAAAAGACUAUUGGGAUGGAAACAAGGAGACGAGGAAGAGAAGUGGGCGGAAAAGGCCGUUGAUUCUCUCGUGAAGAAGCUCAAGAAGAAAAAGGGAGCCAUGGAGGACCUGGAAAAGGCUCUGAGCUGUCCCGGCCAGCCCAGCAAGUGUGUUACCAUUCCACGCUCCCUGGACGGAAGGCUCCAGGUGUCCCAUCGGAAAGGUCUGCCGCAUGUCAUCUAUUGUAGAGUGUGGCGCUGGCCGGAUCUUCAGUCCCACCAUGAGCUCAAAGCUCUGGACUGUUGCGAGUUUCCAUUCGGCUCCAAACAGAAGGAGAUCUGUAUCAACCCGUAUCAUUACCGGCGCGUGGAGACACCAGUGCUGCCGCCAGUUCUUGUGCCACGUCACAGUGAAUUUAACCCCCAGCACAGUUUGUUGGCGAAGUUCAGGAAUGCUUCCAUACACAACGAACCCAUGAUGCCGCAGAAUGCCACUUUCCCGGAUUCCUUCCCUCCGAUUCCAUGUAGCUCAUUUUCUUCAACCCCUUCCAACUCUUUAAACCAGUCUCCCACUACACACAGCUACCCAAACUCCCCCAGCAGUGGGACAGAACCUGGGAGCCCGUACCAAAUCACAGCAGAGACCCCUCCUCCACCCUAUAGUAUGAUGGAGACCCCGUCUAGAGAAGAAGGGAAACCAGGGGAGCCGGCCAACUCCAAUAUACUCAUUCUGUCUGCCCCACAUAGAGAUUUGAGGCCAGUGUGUUAUGAAGAACCAGAGUAUUGGUGCUCGGUGGCAUAUUACGAACUGAACAACAGGGUGGGCGAGACGUUCCAUGCCUCCUCCAGAAGCAUGCUCGUGGACGGCUUCACAGAUCCCUCCAACAACAAGAAUCGAUUCUGUCUCGGAUUAUUAUCCAACGUCAACCGAAACUCCACCAUCGAACACACCCGCAGACACAUAGGAAAAGGUGUGCACCUGUAUUAUGUCGGAGGUGAGGUGUACGCGGAGUGUCUCAGUGACAGCAGUAUUUUUGUACAGAGUCGGAACUGUAACUACCAGCACGGUUUUCAUCCCACCACCGUCUGCAAGAUCCCGAGCGGGUGCAGCCUCAAGAUCUUCAACAACCAGCUGUUUGCGCAGCUGCUGUCACAGUCAGUAAAUCACGGCUUCGAGGUGGUGUAUGAGCUCACCAAGAUGUGCACAAUCAGGAUGAGUUUUGUCAAGGGAUGGGGAGCAGAAUAUCACCGUCAGGAUGUCACCAGCACCCCCUGCUGGAUAGAAAUCCACCUGCAUGGACCGCUGCAAUGGCUAGACAAGGUUCUGACCCAAAUGGGAUCACCACACAAUCCUAUUUCUUCUGUGUCCUAAUGCGUUAGAUGCAUUCAUGGCCACCUAUCCAGAGGAACAGAACAAAUAGUCUCCAAAGGACUUAAAUAGAUACAAAGGCACACAUUAUUCUCUUUAUCUUGAAAAUAUCUGUCAUUUCAAGGGAUGUUAGAGGUACAGGUAGGGUCAGCCAGGAGGUUUGCAUAGUAACAUGCUGUUAAAUAAGUUAGAUAAGUGUUUUAAGGAAAAACAAGAUUACUGCUUCACAGUACGUAUAACAGACAAAUUCAGAUAGCAUCUUACUAAAUAGAAGCCAAAGAAAAUGUGUAAGUAGACAGGUACUUAUUUCAGUGAUGUUUGUCUGGCUCAUACGUGCCUACUCUAAGUGUUAUUUAGUUUAAGUUGCGUUAGCUUUCUUGUUUUUGUAAUAUAAAGGUUUCCUCCUAUUUGUGCCUGUUUUGGUUUUUGUGACAAAUGCAUAUACCAAAAGAUAAAGUUUUUUUUUUAAAUAAAAUCUUAAAGCUAAAAUAAAGUACUUAAUUGGUAUGGAUGCUUAUAAAACUGAAAAGAGCAGGUUAGCAUUUUACACAAGAUCAAUAAAAACUUUAUUUGAUCACUCUU